AGGGCUCGGGGUUGGUGGCGGGCCCGGUCCCCGGCGCCAUGGGCCGGGCGUCUCCGGGCAGCCUGGGGCUGCUGCUGCUCCCGCUGCUGUCCGGCUUCCUGGGGCCCUGCCUGGCCGCCACCGUCCCCCCGCCCGGACGGACCAAGGAUAAUUUAUUUCCUAAUCAUGUGGCUGAGAGUGCCCUGAAAUUCCCUGGAUUGUGCAAGUUUUGUGAUGUAGCACCAACCAUCUGCACCAACCAGGGGGUCUGCAAGAGCAACUGUAGCAUCACUUCUAUCUGUGAGAAUACUUUUGACAUCUGUGCAGCUAUUUGGAGAAAGAAUGAUGAAAAUAUAACCUUGGAGACCAUCUGCCAUGAUCAGAGGCUCCCACUCCAUGGUUUUGACCUAGAGGACGUUGCAUCUUCAAAAUGUAUGAUGAAGGAAAAAAAAGUGCUCGGAGAAACAGUGUUCAUGUGCUCCUGCAGCUCUGAGGAAUGCAAUGAUAUGCUUUACUUCUCAGAAGAAGUCGCCGCCAACCCCGAGCUGAUGGCAGUGACGGUGAUCAGCCUCCUCCCCCCGCUGGGGAUCGCCGUCGCGGUGAUCGUCACCUUCUAUUGCUACCGAGUGCAGCGGAGGCGGAAGCUGAACACGGCCUGGGAGAAGAGCUCGAAGGGCCGGAAGCACAUGGAGUGCAGCGACCGCUGCGCCAUGAUGAUCGACGACGACCGCUCGGACAUCAGCUCCACCUGCGCCAACAAUCUCAACCACAACACCGAGCUGCUGCCCAUCGAGCUGGACACCCUGGUGGGGAAGGGCAGGUUCGCCGAGGUCUACAAGGCCAAGCUGAAGCAGAACACGUCCGAGCAGUUCGAGACGGUGGCGGUGAAGAUCUUCCCCUACGAGGAGUACGCCUCCUGGAAGACGGAGAAGGACAUCUUCUCCGACAUCAACCUGAAGCACGAGAACGUCCUCCAGUUCCUGACGGCCGAGGAGCGGAAGACGGAGCUGGGGAAGCAGUAUUGGCUGAUCACCGCCUUCCACUCCAGGGGGAACCUGCAGGAGUACCUGACGCGGCACGUCAUCAGCUGGGAGGACCUGUGGAAGCUGGGCAGCUCCCUGUCGCGGGGGAUCGCCCACCUGCACAGCGACCACACCCCCUGCGGGCGGCCCAAGACCCCCAUCGUGCACAGAGACCUGAAGAGUUCCAACAUCCUCGUGAAGAACGACCUGACUUGCUGCCUCUGCGACUUCGGGCUGUCCCUGCGGCUGGAUCCCACGCUCUCCGUGGACGACCUGGCUAACAGCGGGCAGGUCGGCACAGCAAGAUAUAUGGCUCCUGAAGUCUUGGAGUCCCGAAUGAACUUAGAGAACGUUGAGUCUUUCAAGCAAACUGAUGUGUACUCCAUGGCUCUGGUCCUCUGGGAGAUGACCUCUCGCUGCAAUGGAAUAGGAGAAGUUAAAGACUACGAACCUCCCUUUGGUUCCAAGGUGAGAGAGCACCCCUGUGUAGAAAGCAUGAAGGACAACGUGUUAAGAGAUCGAGGACGGCCUGAGAUACCCAACACGUGGCUCAGUCACCAGGGGAUCCAGAUGGUGUGUGAGACGCUGACGGAGUGCUGGGAUCACGACCCCGAAGCUCGGCUGACGGCUCAGUGCGUGGCGGAGCGGUUCAGUGAACUGGAGCACCUGGACAGACUGUCAGGGAGAAGUUGUUCGGAGGAGAAGAUUCCCGAGGACUGCUCCAUGAGCACUACCAAAUAGCCACUGGGGCAGGCUGGAUGGAGGCCGCUCCUCCCAUCCCGGACAUGGAGCAGGAAGCGGGACUUGAUAAACGUGUGGACUGGUUUCCUGUGAACUCGGGGUGCGGGAUUCUCACCAUUCCCCAGAAGCUCUGGCCCUGGAGAGGAACCAGGGGUUCUGGGAACCAGCGGAAUUGGGGAGUGGGUGACAUAUAGCAUUUGAUGCCUUUGACAUGGUUAUAGGAUAAGCUGUGUUAGCACUUCCUCAGGAAAUGUUUUCUUUACAUUAGCCAAUAACAAUUGCACUUUAUUAAUGCCUGUACAUAACUAUAAGAUAGCUAUGUCUAUAUAUGUAUAUAUACAUAUAUAUAUAUAUAUAUAUUCAGCCGGACUCUGAAAAGAGGAAAGGAAAGUGCUUCCAGGAAAUUACGGUUGCAUUAAUGAGCUCCAGACCUAAGUGACACUCUGGGGCCCUAAGACAGCAUUAUACAACCCCUGAAUGAAAAACGCCACACCAGCUAAAGGGGAAAUUCAAAUCAGGAAGAUGGACUCAAUGACACACUGCCUCCGGGCACUGAGGCUCACACUCAACAGGCAUGAAUCUUGGCCUUUCUUAGGCUCAGUUCAGUUGAGCCCUAGGGCCUUCCUUCUCGGAGCUGGUUUUCAAGACCCUUUCAGGGGCGGAGCCACCUCUCACCGGUGUUUGUACCACAUUCCGUAAAAUAACCCAGACUUGCCUUUCUUUCAGCCCGCACCUCCAAGUGAAAGGUCAGUUUCCAUUAAAGGUUUAAUUAAGGCCUUGAACUUUUCUCUUCAUGUUGCCAGGCUGAGGGGGGGAAGAAAAGCCAUGAUACAGUUUUCUCAGCACCACCCAUGAAGUCAACCAUGGCCACCCCGAAUUCAGGCAGAUGUUUUAUAUUUGCCAAACGUUCUGAGAAGGUCCAACUUUUUCCCUCCUUUGUUGGUAUAUAUCUUGCCAAAAAAAAAACAAAAAAACAAACCAAAAAGCCCACCAAUCAUCCCAAUGCAAGAAACCCCGGUGUUGCAUUUCUUGAUAUUUUUCUUGUAACCUCUAGCUUUCUAUGCAAAAACCAAUGAACUAUACACCCCCACUCCCCUACCGCCCCCGUGAAUGCACACGGACACUUUGGCACUGCGGAAAGGAGUUAUAUUGCAGUACUGCUGUUCUCAGGCCUGCCACCCUGCAGGGAACGCUUGCAAGAAGUGUGGGUUCCAGCUGGGGUCCAUUUUCUGCACUUUCUGCAAGUCUGUCUUCCUUAGCCAUCCCUUCACCCAGCUCAAGCUGGACUUCGGUUGGAAUAGAAACAGUUCCAGUGAGGGGCUAUUGGUCGCCAGAUCGUCACGGCUUUAACCCCGUUCCUUGCAACGAUCGCCCGCUGACGCCGAGGCCUGUGCCUGUAGCCAUCAGUUUGCCACCUAAAGCGAGCCUAUCACUCCCUUCCCUUCCCCAACUCCCCCCGCCCGGCUAGCUAGCGCCAAAGAGAGAAACAGGUCGUGUCCCGUGGCCGCAUUAGGAAGCCAGGGGCACAGUGAUACAAGCCAGGCAGUAUUGCUUUGCAGAUCAGUAAGAAUUGUGUUUAUCCACAUAGGAGUUGUAAGAUUUCAAGAGAAGAGAUUUUGUUUAAAAUGCAUUUCUAUCGUCUCGUUUUCGGUAAACUAGAUAUUUUUGAGAGAGAGACUAGUGGCAGACAAUCAGUGGUUCCGUGUUUACGAGGUUAGAUUGGAUUGGGGAGUUUUCAGAAGGCUCAGAAAAGGAGGAUGGAGAAGAGGUGGGCUAAUGGGUCCAUUAUGGGGCUACUGGGGCAGUGUGGAUUCAAGCCAUUCCGUCUUAGCUAGUUCUGUGCUGUCCUACAGCUGGGACCCGCUGCCGGUGAGUUGGAAGAAUAUUCUGGUACCAUUAACUACGUGGGGAGCGGAAAGGUGCUUUAUAACUCCCCAGUCAGGACCAUAAACUGGAAUGUAAUGUAAGAUUACACAAUGGCCUGUUGUUUUCUCAUCCGAGAUCGAAAUCUAAGGAAUAGCACGUUGUCGUUCCUGAAAAUACUGACUUUUUUUAAACUACUACACGUAAAGGGAAAUUUUUAUUCUUUUAUGGAACACUUCAACUGUACAUCAUGUAAGAAAUAGGAAUGUGAAUGAUAUAAUCUUUUUUAUCAAAUGUCUCAAGCACUUAUUUUCCUUCAAAGCGGUGUUUGUUUUUUGCAUAAAUCUAAUGUUUAUAGAUUAAAUAAAGCAAUAACACUCAGGAAA